AUGCCGAUCGUCACGCGCGUCGCGAUCGACUGCGGCGCGGGGGCCGGCGCCCAGAUAGUCGCGCCCCACCGCGUGUGGCGGCAGGACGGCGCCGAUCUCCGGCACCGCGCGCAAGACGUGGGCGACGAACGUGUUCGAAUUCGGCCCCGGCCAUGUGCGGUAAUCGCCGCGUCCGGCGUGCGGGUAGCGCGCGAUGGCGCUUUCGAUCGCGGGGAUCAGACUGGCCGCUUCAUGGCCUCGGAUCGCACGGAUGAUGAAGGGCCGGUUGGAAUACCAGCGUGCAUCGGCGGUAUAGGCAUUGCGGCGGACGGGCAUGCCCCAGCCCACCUUGUCAUAGCGCGUAUAGGCCGCAGCGCCCGCGCGCUUGUAGACCAGCCAGCUGUGCACCGAAACCGCGCCCUUGAGCCCGCCGGUGCGUGCCGCCAUCACAUAGACCGCUGCAUCGCUGUUGCGUCCCGGAUCGGGCAGGGUGUCCGUGCCCGACCAGUCGGCUUCGUGCCAGCUCUGGGGGCGGUCCACGGUCAUCCACCAGGCGGUGGCCGUGCCGAUCGGCAGAAAGAAGAGCAGUGCCAGGCAGGCACUAUGGCAAAUCCGGUAAUCGCCGAAGUCACGCGCGGCAGCCGCGUCGAGAGCGUUCAUCGCGGACGCAUCGUCGCCGUCGAUGCCGAUGAAGGCGUGUUGUUCGCUAUCGGCGAUGUCGACACGCCGGUCUACCCGCGUUCAGCCCUCAAGCUGAUGCAGGCGUUGCCGCUUGUUGAAAGCGGUGCGGCCGACGCGUUCGGCUUCGGCGACCGGGAACUGGCGCUGGCCUGCGCGUCCCAUUCGUCCGAACCGGCCCAUGUCGAUAUGGCCCGCGCGAUGCUGUCCAAAGCGGGCCUGACGCAGGACGAUUUGCAAUGCGGCGCCCACUGGCCGCUGUUCGGAUCCGGCGAGAUGGUGGCAUUGGCGCGGUCCGGCGAAGAGCCGACGCGCGCGCACAACAAUUGCUCGGGCAAACAUGCCGGCUUUCUGUGCACCUGCGUUCACCAGGGGUUUGAUACGGGCGACUAUCUUGCGGACGCCAACGGCGUGCAGCGCCAGGUGCGCGCGACGAUCGAACAGUUGACCGGCGCAACGCUCGACUUUGACCGGUGCGGCCUCGACGGCUGCUCGGCGCCCACUUAUGCGCUGCCGCUUGUCGCAUUUGCGCGCGGCUUUGCGCGGCUGGCGACGGGCAACGGGCUGGAGUCCGCACGCGCCAAGGCGGCGCGGCGGCUGAUGGCGGCGUGCGUGGCCGAACCGCUGAUGGUGGCCGGCACGGGGCGUUUCUGCACCGACCUGAUGGAUGCCUGUGAGGGCCGGGUCUACGUGAAGACCGGAGCGGAGGGCGUCUAUGUGGGCACGGUGCCGGAAGAAGGCAUCGCGUGGCCAUGGCGGCGGCGCUUGUGCGGGCGCUCGGGCCGGACCACGAUCUGA